AUGGCUCUCGUCGUCGUCGCCCUAGUGGGAGAUAUGCUCCCUCCGUGCGCUGCUGUGAACACACAAGCAGCCGGACGAAGGCCGAACGCGAAGCAGUACAUCGUGCAUUUGAGGUCCGUGCCGUCAGUGCUAUCGUAUCGGGGAGGAAUCAACGGGCUGAGACCCUCUAAUUCCUGCGCCUUCCUCCCUGUUGCACUCUUCCGCCCUCUCCCUUCCCCCCUCCCUCCCCCCUUCCUCUUAGCAGCAGGACGAAGGCCGAACGCGAAGCAGUACAUCGUGCAUUUGAGGUCCGUGCCGUCAGCAGCAGUGGAGAUUGGCGGAGUGGUGGGAACAGCAGGGGAAGCAGAGGGAACGGGAGAAGCAGGGGUAGCAGGCGUGGCAGGGUUUGGAGCAACAGCAGCAGCAGGUGUGGGAGGGGGACGGUUAGGAAAGAAAGUGGGAAUCAGCGCAUUGGCGUUUAGAGAGGCGAGGAUGGACGAUCUGGCAAGGCGGGUGGGUCUGCGGCUGAGAAAUUUCCGAUCGCAGUCGGCUGGCUUGGGUCGGAGACUGCUGGCUCGCGUUGCUGCUGCUGCAGUGGCCGCUGCAGCAGAAGAAGCAGCAGGUGCUGAUGGUGACGCCGAUGCUGGUAGUGGUGAUGGUGGUGGUGGUGAAGCUUUGGAUGAUUUUAAACUUCCUUUUACCAAUUUUUCUCAAUUUGCACACAACUCUGCUGCUGCUGCCCUCAGCACCAUUCGUGGCGUGAGCUCAGCAUCAGCAUCCACGUCAGCAGCAGCGGGAGCCACGUCACCCGUGCUGACAGCGCAGCAGCUGAGCGUGAGAGCCGCGCACAUCAUGCGCACCACGCCGUGGGGCCGCCUCAUGCGACCCGACGUGCGGUUACCGCACGUGCAGGCUUUCACGCGCUUCCUGGAAUCUUCCCACCGCAGCCUACUGAGAUCACUCAACAUUCCCGUCUCUUCCAUCUUCCACAGCUACUCGUACCUGAUGAACAGCUUUGCAGUGCAGCUCACCCCAGCGGAAGCGAAGCGGCUGCGGUUUCACCCCGCAGUGGCGGACGUGGAGCCGGACAGGGUAGUGCGCAUGACCACCGUGCAGUCCCCUGAAUUUUUGAAGAUGGACACGAGCCUGUGGCCGGCGGCUGGCGGGCAGAGCAGUGCUGGGGAGGGCAUGAUCAUCGGCGUGAUAGACUCGGGGAUCUGGCCCGAGCACCCUUCUUUCGCUGACCCGGACCCCAACGGAGCAGCCUACUCAGCCAAGCCCACGCGCUGGAGGGGUGUGUGCACCAAAACGGCCGAUUUCCAAUCGUGCAACAACAAGCUGAUCGGCGCGCGCUACUUUGUGAAGGGCGCGGAGUACACAUUUGGCAAGCUGGACGAAACCGAAGAGUUCCGGUCGGCUCGGGAUAAAGUGCAGCACGGCACGUGGUGUGCGGGAGCAGCAGCAGGCAACGCAGGAGUAACCGUCACCACAGGAGGUCGAAGCUACGGCACAGCGUCAGGCAUGGCGCCGCGGGCACGACUAGCAGUGUACAAGGCACUGUGGACCAUUGGCGGGUAUGAGGGCACGGGGGCUUCGUCCGACCUGAUUGGUUCUGCUGAGAAGGCUGUGGCCGACGGUGUGGAUGUGAUCUCGUGCUCGUGGGGUGGCCUCGCCAUGUACUUCCAAGACUUGCCGUAUCUGCGCGGCCUGAAGGCGGGGGUGGUGACAGCUUUUGCAGCAGGCAACGAGGGCAAGCCCAACCCCAGCAGCAUCUGGGGCACCCUUGGGAACGUCUCGCCCUUCUACCUCACUGUGGGAGCGAGCACGAUAGGGCGGGAAUACAAAGCGGUGCUGACCCUAGGGGAUGCCACCACCUUCAAUGGGCGCAGUCUGGGCGGCACUGCUGCCACGGGCUCAGGUCUGCCCCUUAUUCUGGCUGAAUCAGCUCUGCUGUCCGGAGGGGAUAAGGCCAAGGCGCAGCAGUGCUACAGCGGGCACAUCAGCAGGACCGCAGUUUCUGGGAAGUUUCUCGUGUGCACCCUGCGCACACGCAAGAUGGGGCUCCUGCUGGCAGACGCAGAUUCGAUGGGGGCAGCUGCUAUCCUCGUUAUAAGCGGGAGUCCCAAGGUGGACAUGCAGCAUCGCAUGCCCUUUACCAAAACACCCAGCAUCUUCCUGCAAUACGCGCGUGGCAAGACGAUCAAGAGUUACAUCGCGGCGGAAAGCAGUCCUCCUUCCCACUUACAGUCUCCCCUUUCCUUUUCCCGACUUCCCCUUCCCCUCUCCCCCUUAAACCCUAUACCCGCAAUACCCCCAACCCUUUCCCCCCGCCCCACAGCCACUGGUUCCGCCUACACCGAAUCUCACUCCACCAACGCCCCACAAAUCGCCUUCUCUUGCGUCACGCUUUCCCCUCCCCUCUUCUCUUCUCCCACUCCCUCCCUUUCCCCCCCACACAGCCCCACAGCCACUCUAUCCGCCUACACCGAGUCUCAAUCCACCAACGCCCCCCAAGUCGCCUUCUUCUCGUCCACCGGACCGCCCCGCAGCGCGCGCUACCCGCCCGCGCUCCUAAUCCGCGACUUCCCUACUAAUGACAUCCUUAAACCCGACGUCAUGGGCCCAGGGUUCCAGCUAUGGGCCGCGGCGCCGGGCAAGGCCGUCGCGACCGCCGCGACUGACGCGCCGGAGUUUAACUACUGGUCGGGAACAUCCAUGUCCACGCCGCAUUUGGCGGGAAUCAUGGCGCUGAUCGUGCAGGAGAAACCUAACUGGUCGCCCGCGCAGGUGAUAUCCGCAAUCACGACGACGGCGUAUACGAAGAAUAAAAACGGGCAGCCGAUUCAGCGGGCGGAUGGGUCGAAGGCGAACGCGUGGGACUAUGGAGGCGGGCACGUGGAUCCCACACGCGUGCUCGAUCCCGGGCUCACGUUUCACAGCGCGCAGAAGCAGUUCGUGAAUUUUCUCAUGGGGAGGGACCCGCUACGAGCGAAGAAGCGGUUUUGGCGAAUGGGGAAGGCUCGGCCAAUUUUCCCCUGGAGCAUCAAUCGGCCUUCGAUCGCGGCCUGCGUCCUCGCAGCUGAUUCCGGCUCUGCGACAGCAUGCGACGUCGCAUGCAAAUCUCAAGCGACGAUGCCCAAAUCUCUGUCAGCCGGACCAUGCGUUGACACGGGGCCCGGUUUCUCCGCCCGCCGCCUUUUGCGGCCGUCUGCUCUGGCGAUUCCGUUCACUUCUGCGUUUCGUGUUGCAUCAGCGGCUGCGAUGUUCUCGUCUCCGCAAUCCGCGCGCGACCCGUUCUCGCUGCUGCCAGACGAGCUAAUCGUCGAUAUCUUCGCCCGCGUCGGCUGCGGCGCUGCUGACGUCAGUAUCAUCUCGCUGACGUGCAGACGCUUUCGCUCUCUCACGCGCUACGUCCCAGCACUCCGUUUCGCCCCAUCUGACGUGGCAAGCGGUGACCGCGUUGCGGUGACAGCCUCUCCCGCGCGACUGGAGGAGCUCGUGUCGCGCAUGGUCCUGAAAACGCGGUCGCUGCAACACCUCCACGUGGCGUCGGCGUUGGCCGCCGACGGCGCUGGCGCCUGUUCUUGCGCAGAGAAUGACGGCAGCGGCGCGGCGGAGCGGCAUCAUCACGCCGCGUGCGCUGGUGCUGGCGCGAGUGGCAGCGAGUCGAACGGCUGCUGCAAUUUCUGCGGCUGCCACGUGGCGGCUCCGCAGCAGCACCCGCGCGAAUUCAUCUUCGAAGCGUGGAUGCGCCACGUCGGACCUCAAUUACAAUCGCUCGUCUUCUCGCGCUCCCUGCAACCUCCGCCGCGCAGCAGCAGUUGCGCCGGCUCAUACGGCGGUUCUUGCGGCGCGACCGGCAGGAUGACGGUGAACGUGUGGGAGAACGAGGAUCUCAGUGUGCAUUUGCGCCACGUGGCGCGCCAUUGUUCGUCGCUGCGAUCCCUCUCCCUGGGCUCCCUGUCGCUCUCGUCGUCCCUGCUGACGUGUCACCUGCCGCCAAUGCGACACCUGGAACACCUCUCGCUCUCCUGGAUUCACGCGUCCAAUGAUAGCCUUCAAGCCGUCCUCGACGCUUCGCCGAACCUUCGCCGCCUCUCCAUUUUUAUGGCAACGGGCUGCCCGCGAAUAAAUCUUCGCCUGCCCGCUACAGUGGAGCACGUCGAGCUCGCGUAUCUGCGCGCCGAUUCCUGCUCCUUCCGUAACGCCCGCGCGCUCCGCUCCCUAUCCGUUCGAGACAUGUUCGUGCGCUCCGUCUCGGUGCGCGACGCGCCGGUUCUGCGCCACGUGGCGGUCGCCAGCGCGAGCGUGCUCGAGGUGGCGGCUCCUGAUUCGCCGCUCCUCGCCUCGCUGGACCUCAAAGCCGGGUCGUUCGGCUGGGCGGCGAUUAAAGCCCUGGUUCAAACCGCGGGCGCGUCUUUAAUCUCCUUCUCGCUGGACUUCUUCUCCGCGGGACCCGGCGCGAUUUCCGCUGGAGUGUUCUCCCUGACCUGGCUCGCAGCCUCGUGUCCGAACCUGAAGGCGCUCAGCUUCGGCGCGCUGCCGUGGCAGCUCGUCGUCUCGUGGGCGGCCGCGGCGGGCGCGUUCCGCGCGGACGGCGGGCGCGCGCAAGGCGGGUACGCGGAACGCGGGUACGAAAUGCGCGCGGAUUACCCAUGGCCGCAACUGGCGGAGAUUAAGGUGCGCGUGCAGGAGGAGCGACCCGAGGCGCUGCUUCUGCUGCACACCAUGCUGUGCCGCAUGCCUUCCCUGAGAUCACUCCAAGUAAGCUUAGUUCCCGGGGAUGAUGAGGAGGAGGAAGAGGUAGAGGAGGAGGAGGGAGAUGAGGGGUAUGAGGGAGAGGAGGUUGAAGGGGAGAUGGAGGAGGGGAUGGGGGAGGAGGGGGAGAUGGAGGAUGAGGGAAUGGGGGAGGAGUGGGAGGAGGAAGAGGAGAAGGAUGUCAAUAUGACUGGAGAAGAGGCGGAUGGCCCUAUGAGUGCCACCGCAGCAGCACCAGCAGCAACACCAACAGCAGCACCUGCUGCCUGCGCUACAGCCGGUGGUGCAACAGCCGGAGCAGCAGCGGAGUACAUGGGUGCAGUGAGGCGGCAGGAGCUGUUAGUGAAAGGGCUGAUGUGCCUGCAGCAGCGUUUCUCACAUGUGCGGGUAUGUGUGCCUGCUGCUGCACACAGAAGGGACACCAUGUGA